AUGGCCGUCUUGGGAAGGAAACCUGCAAGACGCAUUGUCGCUGCAGUAGUGCUGCUCGCAGCGCUGUUCUCUUUGAACGCAGUACGACGCGGGUUGAACAAAAAUAGCAGAACCAGCUUGACACGCGAUGUUGGCGCACAGCUGGUGUCUAAGUGGACUUUGGAAAACUCGAACGGCAGGACAAGAACGAACGGUCGCGGCAACCAAGCCCAGUCGUCGAAUAAUUUUAAAUCACCUGAACAAGCAUGCUCUGCGUAUUACGACGCUCUUUAUGCUGCGGAACCAUCUUGGUGGAAUGAUUAUCGCGAAAACACAGCUCCUUCAAGCGACGUGGCACACGAGUACGAGGCGGAAAACCUCAAACUCAUUUUUGAACGUAUUCGUCUCUUCGAGGCAUGUCAAAAAGGGAACGCUCUACCCGCUGCCCAGAUCGCGGAUUUGGACGCUCGUAUGUUUCCUUUUAUACGCCCAGGUACUACUGCUACCUUUACCUCCGGAGAUUUAUCGAAAAGCUACGAAAAUGGAGCUGUCCCUGUUGUAAGUGGGGCGCCACAGGACUCCUUCAAAUUUAGCUUCGACCCAGAGACAUCCUUCGUGGAUAACUGGAAACGACUUUGCCUAAAAUCGACCGGUUCGAAUUCACGAGGCAUUGUAAUGUCGUUCCCGGACGUUCAUGUAUCGCUGGUUAUAAGGCUAUUGAAGGUGCUGGAUUAUCAAGGAAAUCAGCUUCCCAUUCAAAUUAUUCAUAAGGGUGACCUGGCACUGGAAUCGCAGCGCAAGAUAUCUCAGUCGCUGCCAGCAAGCCAGAAAUUGUGGUUCGUAAAUGUAAAACCAAUGCUGGACGAAAGGUUUGCUAUGGAUUUCCACUCUUACCGGAAUAAAUGGCUUGCUGCGAUUUUCAGUACGUUCCAGGAAAUUGUGUUUGUGGAUGCUGAUGUGGUGCCAAUCCUACCUUUACAGUCUUAUUUUACGUUUGAAGAGUAUACUUCAUCAGGUGCCCUUUUCUUCAAGGAUCGGUCCUUUGCUCACAAGUUUGACUUUCCUUAUUGUGUUCCUGAAUUACAGUCAUUGCAAGCUACGCCCUUCGAAGCUAAGUACUUUGAUCAUCCGAGAGCAAUCGAUAAGCAGCUCAUGGUUUCAAUGAAGCCCACGCCCGAACACAAUAUAAUACAAAGUUUGUUUGUGGGGCACCAACGUCAUCACAUGGACAGUGGACUAUUUGUCUUGAACAAGUCAAAGCAUAUGUAUGCGCUUUUGGCCGGAAUAUUCUUGAACUUGGCGCCAAAGCUUUCGAGGUGUACUCACGGUGACAAAGAAUCAUUGUGGCUAGCAUUCCUCUUGACCAAUCACGAGUACAGAUUCCAUUCAAUUCCAGCGAGCGCAUUGGGGAAACCCGAUGAAUCGAACGAGGUAUGCUCAAUUCAAGUGGGGCAUACAAAUCCCGAUGGUAGCUUGUUGUGGUUUAACGGUGGAUUUAAAUUUUGCAAAUUUUCAGACGGCAUAGAUUACGAUUGGAAUGCAUACAAGAAAGAUGAGCUUCACGACCGUUUUUCAUCAAUCGAAGUCGCACGAGAUUUUUAUGAAUCAAUGAUCAGCAUAGAAAAAGCCGUUGUGCCCGAUGUAUCUGUAAAUCCAUGGGGAGGAGGUUUUACUGAUCUUUGUAUCGGUUAUACAUAUUGCGCCAAAACCUCUCCGGGAGCUGGGGUCACUUUUACGUUUUCGGCAGAAGAGCAAGCAUCAUUCAAGGAGAUCGGUAAGAUUUGGAUGGAUGCUACCGAAGAAAGCGUUCCCUACUUUAGUUCUUAG